AUGCGCGUAUCUAAAGCCCUUACCCUCUUAGUGGCAUCUGCCCCUUUGGCACUCGCAGAUCCUAAGAUUACUAGUCCUGCUGCUGGUGCGACUGUGGCAGCAGGGACGACUAUCACUGUCACCUGGGCCGAUUCUGGGGAACCGCCUUCGGUCGCUGAUCUCACCACAUACACACUGCAAUUGUUCGCUGGGACCAAUGCCGUGAAUGCGCCUGUGAAAAGUCUUCCUGUGGCCCAGUUUGCUGCCGGGAACUCGAUAACGUUGACCGUUGAACCUACGAUCGGGGGGAGCACGAAAAAUGCAUACUUUAUAGGGUUAUUGUCCGUCGCUAAAGCAGGUGGAACUGUCCAAAGCUUCUCGGAUCGAUUUACGCUCUCUGGAAUGACAGCUGAAUUCCCUGCAAAUAUCAAAGCUGCACUGGCAGCUGGUGUCCCUAGUACUGCUGGGCCGCCUAAGAUCAAUAACGUUGUUGCGGCAGGGGCAAAUCCACCAGGAGUAGCGGAUGCUGGUGCAUGGGCGAUUCCCUAUAACAAGCAGACUGGCCUCACGAGAUACGCUCCCAUGCAACCUGUUCCCCCAACAUCAAUCACUGCAACGAAUACUGCCCCUCUUUGGCCUACCUCUGCCGUUCAAUUCGCAGCGACACAUAUGCCAAUUCCAACCGUUGUGACGACAUUAACCCAAGCAAAUACCUUCAGUGUUUCAAGCCAUGCUAACACGGCUGCCUCUGCUUCAGCACCUGUAGACGAUAUGCACAAGUUUUUGAACCGCUGGAAGGAUUAG